AUGGACCGCCUUCCGAACGAGCUGCUAAUUUACCUGUGCUCCUGGAUUCCAAAGUCUGAUCUGAAGUCCUUCCGCUGUUGCAACAAAGUGCUCGCCGACGCAGGCCAAAAUGAGCUCUUCCGGGACUUCGAAUUCCGUCUGUAUCCCAGUGUGCAUAGGCUCUAUCAACUGGGUGCUCUUGCAGCCAGUCCAAUCGCUGCAAAGCUAAAGACUCUUUCUUUCGAGUCAGGAAUACUGCUAGAGUAUGCAGAUUUUCGUUACUGGCAGGCUCAGAUCUACGAGGAGAGAACGCGUCUCAAAUAUGGCACUUGGCCUGAUUCGAACUCGCAUGAGUACAAGGACUUCCACGCCGGCCUGCAAGCUCGGUUUGGACCCGGUAUGCAACAACAAUAUAACCUCUACCGCUGGCACCUCGACCAGGAAGCCGAGCUCGUUGCUAAGCAAUGCUCAUUCCAGCAGAUGUUGAGGAACAUGAAUGACCUCGCCCAACACUGCCCUUCAGUCGUGAUCAAGAUAAGUAUGGCUGAGCCGAAGGUCUCUCUGGAGGAUGUAGAAUGCUUCGAUUCGAAUUUGUAUCAACAUGAGCGCCCUGAAGAUCCGGACCCACGCCGACGAGUCUCGAACCGUCGGCAUCAUCUCCUCGAUCAUUUCACCAAUUUUUUGACAGCCGCGCAUCGAUCGAGCCUCCAUGUCCAAGACAUGGUCAUGCUGGACGUGCCUCGGCAGCUGCUCAAUGGCAAUACCACAUUUGUUGCCGAGACACUGCCUGAGAUGUUCGCCAGCCUUCGAUGCCUUGACCUAAGGAUAUCGUCGUUUCCCUGGAGUGACUGGCUUUCGCGAAGUGGCAUGGAUCCAGUAUACUUGAAUGGCAGAGAUCCCUUCGCCCAGCGCCUUCGCAAGUUGCUCGAUUGUGCGGCGAAGCUGGACAAAUUGCGUCUCGAGUUUCCACACGGCAAAGAAGCCGAGUACAGCUUCGACAUCUUUGAUCGUACCAAUCUCAAUCGCUUUCCCCGCAAGUUUCUUCCUUCGAUCCAGCACCUGAAGCUCCAUCGAUUCAGAUGUUCUUGGGAGGACCUCAAGGCAUUGCUCCAAGAAGCGUCUCAGCUACGCACGCUGACGCUCGCGAACUGUCGACUGGAGACCUGUUCUAUGAUCGACCUCAUUCAGGCUCUGCCAGCGCUGAAACUUGAGCACGUCUCUAUACUUGGUGAAUGGUCCGUCGAUGAGGAUCAAGGAGUGUGGCACUCUCACACGAUACACGAUUUUGCAAGCUGUAACGCAGCUACGAGUUACGAGGGGCCUUACCUGUCCAAUGGACUGAAGUCUCGAGUCGAUGAGUUCGUUGUUAAGGGUGGGCCGAGUUGUCCUUUGCCAAGGUGGUCGUCGUUUGAUGAGGACGUGACUCGCGCCUGGGAGCUGAUGGGCGACACGACUUGGCACUUUAUCAAAGAUGACAGGCGGUGA